AUGGGGGGCAACAGCUCGCGUGAGCGGCGGGCCCAGCGCCGUAACCACGGUGGCGCGGUGACACCUCCGGUCAACAUGCCCCAACACCUAGCAAACCAGUAUAACCAACGGCAACAGCAGCAAAACUCCGGCAACAACGUGCCUGCCGCGGCAAAUCAAGAUCCUUCGCGGCCAGCAGCAAUGGCGCCGCCGCCGCCGCAGCAGCAGCAGCAGCAGCAGCAGCCACAGCAACAGCAACCUCCGGCUGGCAACAAUGAAAGCAACAACUCUGCUCCCAACAACACCAACGCCAACACCAACAACACCUCGGCCAAUAACAAUCAGCGGGGCGUCCAGGAGGGGCAAAUUGUGAAGAUGUUGGCCACUAUUGACGCCUCUUCAGUGAGUUACGACCCAGAUGUGCAGCGUCUGAAGUUUCGUGUCACAAGCGUGUGUCCGUUUUUGUCGUACGAGAUUCAUACUGGUGUGAAGGAGUUCAUCAAAGGAGGAGAGGUCUAUUACAUGCCAAACAAGCCCAAAAUGGAACCACCCCGCCUCACGCUUGAAGGGCCGCAAGAGAACAGGGAGAUCAAUGUGCGCAUUGAUGUAUCCAAGUUGGAAGAAAAGGAGCGUGUUUACAAUAAGCAUUACCCCAAACAGCAACCUUGUGUCAUUGUUUUACGUUACCGUGUAAAGGAAUUGCGAAGGCAAGAUGAUAGCGCCGCAAACAGCUCUCCAGUAGAGGAGAUUGUGGAGCACACGGAGCACACCGCGGUGGACCUUGCUGAAACACCAAAGCGGCGGGUCAUCAGCCAGAUUAUUACAGCUGGAGGUUCCGCGUAUGUGGUAGAAGACCUCUUUGGAGUGGAUGGGGAUGCGCCAGGUGCGGCUGGUGGGCAUCCGGAGGUGAUGCUUGGGACCACUAUUGUGCCCCACGAAGGGGAGGAGGACGAGGAUGGAUUGUGUGUUAUUUGCCUCACUAUGCCAAAGGACACGGCCGUCAUGCCGUGUCGCCACAUGUGCCUCUGCAAGAACUGUGCCCAAGAGUUGAUGCGACAUACACCCAAGUGCCCCGUAUGCCGCGGCUCCGUUUCGACACUGCUGCAUAUGCCAUCGUUAACUGAGAACGCUUCUCCGUGA